AUGAGUGUGAGAAAAGACAGCGUGGAGCUGGGGGAGUGCGUCAGGAACCCGGGCUUCCAGGACGCAGACGGAGACGCGCCGGCGGCGGACACCGUCAGCGCCGCAGAGUCCGAGGAGAAGCGGGACUCCAUCGGGGUGAAGCGGGACUCCAUCGGGGUGAAGCUGGACCCGGACGAUGAGUACAAUCAGGUGAAACCGUACGCCGGCAUGCCCAAAGAGGUGCUGCUGCUGUACUCCUCCCAGGCCCGGUACCGAGUGCCCCGAGAGAUCCUGUUCUGGCUGACGGUGUGCUGCACGCUGGCGCUGGUGGCCAUCACCAUCACCGUGAUCGCGCUGUCUCCGCGCUGCCUGAGCUGGUGGCAGGCCUCCCCGGUCUACCAGGUGUACCCCCGCUCCUUCAAGGACUCCGACGGGGAUGGGGUGGGAGACCUCAAAGGAAUUAUGGAAAAGCUGGAUCACUUUCAGUACCUGAACAUCAAGUCGGUGUGGAUCAGUCCGUUCUACCGCUCCCCCAUGAAGGACUUCGGCUACGACGUGGAGGAUUUCCGAGACGUUGACCCGCUGUUUGGAACCAUGCAGGACUUUGAAGAGCUCUUGACUGAAAUGCACAACAGAGGUUUGAAGCUCAUCAUGGACUUCAUUCCCAAUCACACCAGCGACCGACACCGCUGGUUCAACUUGAGUCGGAUUAGAGAUCCUUACUACGAGGAUUUCUACGUCUGGACCGACUGCGAUCCAAAUGGACCAAAGCCUAAUAACUGGGUGAGUAUUUUUGGGAACUCGUCCUGGACUUACGAUGAAGUUAGAGGACAAUGCUACCUGCACCAGUUCCUCAAGGAGCAGCCAGACCUGAACUUCAGGAACCCGAACGUCGUCCAAGAGAUGAUUGAUAUAGUUGACUUCUGGCUGAAGAAGGGUGUGGAUGGGUUCCGGAUGGACGCUGUGAAGCACAUGCUGGAGGCGGCGCACUUGAGGGACGAACCACAGGUGGAUCCAAACAAACCACCAGAGCUGGUAACUACAGAGUGGGACCUCCACAGCGACUACACCACCAGCCAGGUGGGCUUGCAUGACUUGCUGAGGGAGUUCCGGGCAGUUUUGGACACCUACAGUCGAGAGCCUGACAAAUACAGGUUCAUGGUAACGGAGUCGUACGAUUACGAGGAGGUGGAUAAGACCAUGAUGUACUACAGCACCCAUCUGGUCAGAGAAAGUGACUUCCCCUUCAACUUCUACCUGCUGGACUUGCCUCACAAUGCCAGCGGCGUGUGGGCGAAACAUCUGGUCCACAUCUGGAUGGGCAACAUGCCCAGAGGAGAGUGGCCCAACUGGGUGGUUGGUAACCAUGACAGGUCUCGAAUCGCCUCCAGUGCUGGUCCGGCUUACAUUCGUGUCAUCAACAUGCUGCUGCUGACCCUCCCCGGCACGCCCACCACCUACUACGGUGAGGAGAUCGGCAUGGAGAACAUUAAUGUCACGCAGAGUGAGAUACAGGACCCUGCUGGCAAAUACAAUACAAGUGCCAGUCGGGACCCUGAGCGCUCUCCGAUGCAGUGGAGCGGUGACAUGAACGCCGGCUUUAACAACAAAACCAACGUCACCUGGCUGCCUGUGCACCCUGAUUACGAAACGGUCAACGUAGAGGUUCAGAAGAAAGAUGACGGUUCAGUUCUGGCUCAGUACCGUUUCCUGAGCAACCUCCGCGUGACAGAGCUCGCUCUUCACCGUGGAUGGUUCUGCUACAUCCACGCUGACGCCAACGUCUUCUCUUAUCUCAGAGAGCUUGAUGGGCUUAGCCAAGCGUACCUCAUGGUGCUUAACUUUGGUAAACAAUCUGCCAUCACAGACCUGUCCUCCGUUUCUGAGUUGCCGGACCGGUUGACGGUGCUGAUGAGCACCAACCACGUCAAUAACGGCAAAGUGUACGAGAAGUCUCGGAUCCUGACAGAAGCAGGGGAAGGUUUGGUGAUUCAGUACUCCACUGACACCCGGUUUAAUCCCACCCACCCUGAAGAGUGCUACGUUUCUGAGAAGGCCUGCUUUCUUCCCACCAUAAACAUACUUUAUAAAUGCUAAUAUGAACGGACAACAGCCUUCAGU